AUGGCUUCAAAUAUAUCAUGGGAGGAGCUUUCUCCUCAAAUGAGAGUUCGUUGUAAUGACUCUCUAGUAUCUAGAAGGGUUCCAUUUUUGAAAGAUUUGCAGCAAUUAAUUAUAUCUCACUCAUUAGAGCCUCAACAACUCGAUGAAAUUUCAUCUAUAUUAUUGGAAACACAUAUGAUUUAUUUUGAUUCCAAAUCUAAAGGAAUAGUUGCUUCCAUUUUUGAAAAUUUGCUUACAGUUAAGCCAGAAUUAUUAACGCAAUACACGAGUUAUAUCAUGAACCUAGUAUCAAAAAAUCCAGGCUCUAAAGCUAUUGUUGGUUACAUGAAUUUAUUAGAAUGGGUUAAUAACUUCCUAGAAAUUUCUUCCCGUGAAAGGGCCCAAUUUGAAUCCAACGUAUGUCAUCUUCUACAAGCUCACUCUUACAUCACUGCAAGUAUAGAAUUGGCGCUUAAUAAUCAGGAAAGUUCGAAACCAUCAAUUAAAGAAAGAAACCAACAUAGAAAUAGAAUGCGUUGUAGCGCUCUGCAAUUGACAACGAAAUCACUUGUAAAAUGCUUCAAAAAUAAAGAAAAUUCUGUUUUGUACGUUAAUCUUUUAUCUAAAAUCAUCUCACAGGAAUAUACUAAUUUGAAAUUACCUUCUUCUGGUGUCAUUCUUCUGAUGAGUGCUAUAAGCCAGGCGACUUCGCAGCUUCUACCUUCUCAACCAGCAUUAUACAAUGACUUGAAGACCAACUACAUUGAUACAUACUGUGAAUAUAUUGGUAAAGAAGUAAUCUUGGGAAAAACUGUCCCAACUGCAUUUUGCUUGGAAGUAUUUCUGGCACCAUUCUUGAAGGAAUAUGUGGAUGACGAGCUUUUCAGAAAACACUUUUUACCUUCCAUAGAAAAAGCAAAUUUGAGGUCUUCUGAAAUUGGGUUCACCAUCUGCUCUGAAUUUUUCUCAGCUAUAGAUAAUACAAAGGUUGAUUUGUUAGAAAUUUUUACGUCAUCAAAAAUCAUGACGCAGUGUUUCUCCACAUUUAAAAGUUCAAAAGAUACCACCAGGAACAUAGGUUUAACAGCAAUUUUAGCUUUACUAUCUUCCGCAUCGAAAAAGUCCACCGAUUCAAAUUCUUUGAACUUGUUAGUUGACGAAAUUUUUAAAAAUGUUAAAGUCAACCUAAAUGCAGAAUAUAAAACUCUUUCCGCAAAGAUUUUGAGAAAGAUACCCUCUUCUUCUAAAGAAACAUCCUUGAAGAUAGUUAAAGGCUUAAGUCCUUAUAUUUCAAAAGAGUCGAAUGAGGUCGCGAUAAGUUAUAUGUUGGAUGCAUUUUUCAAACACUACUUUAGUCUUGAAAGUCACGAUGAAAAUGUAGACAAAAUAAUUGCAAAUGGAUUCAAAGAUAAGAAAGCUAUCAUCAAAAGGACCUGGUUCUCUUCAUUCCUACAUAACUACUCUUUCCAAAAACAAGAAUGUUCUUCAUUAUUUCAGGAAGAAUGUUUAGAAUUUAUUAAGGAAGCAUUGUCAGGCUCUCAGAGAAAUGACCAUUAUGUCCUAUUGGCAUGUUUAAGUUACAUUGAUUACGUCUGGUCUUUUGGCUCUGCUGAAUCCUAUACGAAUAUAUUGGACCUUGUAAAGUCACUUCCACAUGACUCCACUUUCGGUGAUGCCUUUGUUCUCACCUCUCUCUCAACUUCUUUGGAAAUGAGUGAUCGUCUUCGCGCGGUAGAUCUGUUAAAGGAGUGCUUCAUAAAGGAGCCCGGAUUUAUAGGUAACGCUGUAAUUGGAUCACUUGAGAAAGUUAUCAACUCAAAUGACAACAUUGCACUUGAAAACAUCGCUAUUAAAUUCAGUACGCAAGUCUUAAAUGCCAUUUCUCAGUCAAUUGAUGACGUGUCAAUUUUGAGGAAAGUACUUGUAGAGGAAAUUUUGAUUUCUCAAAGCAAGCAGUUCAACCUAAAAAAUGGUUGGGCUGGAUUAGUACUAUGUGCAGGUCAGGACCCCUCGAAUAUCGUUGAAGAAUAUGCUGACAAAAUUAUUUAUAAAAUGGUCACUGUGGCUCAAAAUGCAGCACAGGAAAAUUCUGCCCUGUAUGUGUGUGCCUUAAAAGCAUUAGCUUACGUUGCUUUCAUCAAUCCAUCUGUUGUAUCACCUAUAUUAAGUGAAUCUAUAAAAAUAAAUCUAAAUUCAGAUGAAUUGAAUAAGUUAACUAGCCAAGAUUUCGAUAUAUGGAAAGGUGAUGAAGGUGUAUUGGUUGUUGACAUUUUAGAGAAGAAAUCUGUCAAUAAACUCAGUGAUAAGAAUACAAAAGAUUACGAAACCCUAAAAUGGGAACAAAGUAUAAGAAAGGAGCAGGCCAAAAAGAAUGUUAAGAGAUAUACCAAGGAUGAGCAAGAAAUUAUCAAUAAUCAGUUAGCUGUUGAAUCUAAAGUUAGAAAUACCAUCAAUAAGCUCUACAAUCGUCUACUUCAGACAAUUGAAACAAUAAAUUAUCUCGUAGAUGAUGCACUUUUGGUGGAUAACGGCUCUAGUUUUUGGUUUCCUAUUGCGGUUUCAAAACUAUUGGCUCUUGCCAAAGAGAAAAAUGCUCCAUUAUUACUAAAACAUAGGGUUAGUGAUGCAUUCUUAAAACUUUCUAAAGUUAGCUCUGAUAGACUUGGCGCAUAUAGAUUUUUCAUUGGGUUGGCUACUCUACGUGUUCACCAAAUUUCGGCAAUUCCAGAAAAUUUUAUUGAAGAGCCUUUAUCUGAUUUAUUAUCGAGAGUUUUAUUCAGAAUUAAAUUCGUGUCUCAACAGACCUCCCUAAAUUCAUUAACUUUAACUUAUCUGCUGCCAUUGCUUAUUAGUGUAUUAGAAGAAGGUAAGAAAGUUGCAAUCAAAAAUUCCGAGAAGCACGUAGCAAGAACGGAGUUUGUUGAGGAAGAUAAGGAGGAAGAACAUCUCUUAUUAGCAAUGGAAAUACUUGCUGCGCAUGCUGAAGUAUUUGAGGAUCCAUCGAUCCCAAGAGUGCCAAUUUUGGGUGUCCUCUUAUCUUUAUUAGGAUUAGCUUCCAAAGCAAAACUUGCGAAGGAUUGUUUUAACGCCUUAUGUCAAACUAUCUCUGUAUCACCAACUAAACCUGAUUUGAGUAUUAUUUUAGACGGCUUAUUAUCCUCAAAUCCAUUCGUUCGCUCAACUGUCUUAGAAGCCCUUGAUAAUGAGUUUGAAUUAGAAUCUUUCAUGAACUACUCACCAGAGGUCUUUAUAUCUAGGUUCGAUUCUGAUGCAUCACAUCGUGAGGUGGCAGAUUUCAUAUGGGAAUUUAACAAGUUUGAAGUGAAUGAAGGGUUGUUAUCCGAUUUAUACUACUUUUUCCAUCAAGACGAUAGCGGUUUACGUCUAUUUACAGCAAGGGCAUUUGCAUCUGCUGCAACAUAUCUAGAAAUGGAAAAUAAUGGAUCUUUAACUAAGCAAGUUAGUACCUUGAUGGACUAUUAUAGAGAAAAGGCAAAACCUUUGGAACCAAUAUUGGAUGAGUUUGGCCUUGUUGUCGUUUCAGCUUCGGAACGUAAGGAUCCAUGGCAAGAAAGAAGUACAUCUGCUCUUAUAUUGAAGGAAGUAGCCAUUAAGUUGCCUAAAGAAGACACUUACGUUUACGACAUAAUCAAGUUUUUGAUUGAGGACGGACCUUUAGAGGAUAGAGAAAUGUUAGUUAGACAAGAGAUGAAAGAAGCAGGUAUUGAAAUAAUUGAUUUGCAUGGGUCUAACCAUUCUGAGGAAUUAAUUCCACUAUUUGAAGCUUCCUUGACCUCCAACAUCACUACUACUGUAAGGGAAAAUGUUAUUAUCCUGUAUGGCUGUCUCGCCAGACACUUACAGUCCAAUGAUGAAAGAAUAACUACCAUCAUUAACAGAUUAUUAGCCACCUUAGAUACGCCCUCUUCUGACGUUCAGCAAGCAAUAGCAGAAUGCAUUUCUCCUCUCGUUUUCCAGUUCAGAAAAAAGGUUGAAGCAUAUUUAUCAACUUUAAUGGAGAAGCUGUUGACUCCAACAGUACCACUGGAAGUCAGAAAAGGCGCCGCCUGGGGUGUAGCAGGCCUUGUAAAAGGUUAUGGUAUUUCAGCUUUGUCUGAGUUUGACAUUAUAAGAAAUUUAAUUGAGGCUGCGGAAGAUAAAAAAGAAGCAAAUCGCCGUGAAUCCGUGGCCUUUGCAUUCGAAUAUCUUUCAAGAUCUUUGAAAGAGUAUUUCGAGCCUUAUGUGAUUGAAGUUUUACCAACCAUUCUAAAGAAUCUUGGUGAUUCCAUUCCCGAGGUUCGUGAAGCUACUGCCGAAGCAACAAAAGCUAUUAUGGGUUAUACAACUAGUUAUGGUAUUACUAAAUUAAUUCCUGUUGCAGUUUCCAACUUAGACGAUAUUUCUUGGAGAACCAAGAGAGGAUCUGUGCAGCUACUGGGUAAUAUGGCAUAUCUUGACCCUGCUCAAUUAUCGGCAUCUCUGUCAAGCAUUGUACCUCAAAUUGUUAGUGUACUAAACGACUCUCAUAAGGAAGUUAGAAAGUCUGCUGACGAAUCCUUAAAACGUUUCGGUGAGGUUAUUAGGAACCCAGAAAUCCAGAAGCUUGUUCCUACUCUUAUCAAGGCAAUUGGUGAUCCUACUAAAUACACUGAGGAAGCAUUAGAUGCCUUGAUUCAGACUCAAUUUGUCCAUUAUAUCGAUGGGCCAUCUCUUGCUUUAAUCAUCCAUGUUAUCCAUCGUGGUAUGCAUGAUAGGUCAGCAAACACCAAAAGAAAGGCAUGUAAGAUUGUCGGUAAUAUGGCAAUUCUAGUAGACACAAGAGAUUUGAUUCCAUAUUUACAACAAUUGAUCGAAGAGGUUGAAGUAGCCAUGGUUGAUCCAGUUCCAAAUACAAGAGCUACAGCAGCUCGUGCUUUAGGUGCGUUGGUUGAACGGUUAGGUGAGGAUGAAUUCCCUGACUUAAUUCCGCGUUUAUUAAAUACCCUAAGUGACGAAUCUAAAUCAGGCGAUCGCCUCGGUUCUGCUCAGGCAUUGGCCGAAGUUAUUAGUGGUCUUGGUUUAUCCAAAUUAGAAGAACUAUUGCCUUCAAUUUUAUCUGGUGUCGCCAACCGCCGCUCAUAUGUGAGGGAAGGUUUUAUGCCAUUAUUGCUGUACCUACCAAUUUGUUUCGGUGCUCAAUUUGCUCCCUAUAUCAAUCAAAUUAUUCAACCAAUCCUUGCAGGUCUUGCUGAUGCAGAUGAGAAUAUACGUGAUACUGCAUUGAAGGCAGGUAAGCUAAUCGUUAAGAAUUUUGCAACAAAGGCCAUUGAUUUAUUAUUACCUGAGUUAGAAAAGGGCAUGUUUGAUGAAAAUGAACGUAUUCGUCUCUCUUCUGUUCAACUAUCGGGUGAACUUCUAUUCCAAGUUACAGGUAUUUCAUCCAAGAACGAAUUUUCAGAAGAGGCUGAGCAUCACGUUGAAUUUUCUAAUACAAUGGUCGAAGUAUUGGGUCAAGAGCGUCGCGAUAGAAUUCUUUCUGCUCUGUUUGUUUGUAGAAAUGAUACCUCAGGUAUUGUUCGUGCAAACACAGUAGAUAUAUGGAAGGCCCUUGUUCCUAACACCCCGCGGGCUGUUAAGGAGAUCCUACCUACAUUGACGACAAUGAUUGUUGCAAAUUUGGCUUCUUCAUCCACCGUCUUGAGAAAUAUUGCUGCCCAAACUUUAGGUGAUUUAGUUCGUCGUGUAGGUGGUAAUGCCUUAUCUCAAUUAUUACCAACACUGGAUGAAUCUUUAAAGGGGUCUUCAAGUUCCGACUCCAGACAAGGUGUUUGUAUUGCCCUACAUGAGUUGAUUGAAUCAGCUUCACAAGACUCUUUAGCUGAAUUCCAAAAUAUUAUCGUUAACAUCAUUCGUAAGACAUUGGUUGACAGUGACGAAACUGUCAGACAGGCAGCCGCCUUAUCAUUUGAUUCAUAUCAAAGCAUUGUCGGAAAGACUGCUGUUGAUGAAAUUAUACCAUACUUGUUACAUAUGCUAGAGUCAUCUGAGAAUUCAGAACACGCUCUGUUAGGUUUGGAAGACAUCAUGUCCACGAAAUCCGAUGUUAUUUUCCCUAUUUUGAUUCCAUCACUCUUAUCUCCACCAAUUGACUCAUUUAGAGCAUCUGCUUUAGGUUCUUUAGCUGCAGUCGCUGGAUCUGCCUUAUACAAACGUUUACCGGUCAUUAUUAACUCACUAGUUAAUUCCAUGAUAACUGACGAUUCUGAAGAGCGUACAGCGGCAUUAGAACUUGCACUUGACAAAGUUUUCUUAUCGGUUACUGAAGAGGCAGGUUUACAUCCUCUACUACAACAAAUCAUGUCAUUAUUGAAGAGUGAUGAUCACAAAAAGCGUGUUGUUAUUUUGGAGCGUCUGCCAACAUUCUUUGAUAAUACGGUUUUAGAAUUUGAUCUUUAUGUACCAGACUUUGUUUCGCAUGCCAUUUUAUCGUUAGACGACAAGGAUUCAAGAAUUGUUAAGGCAAACUAUGAAGCUCUAGCUACACUAAUUAAAAAGCAAGACAAAGCCACGCUUGAAAGAUUAGUAAAAACUGCUAAGGACACAUUACAUUUGGUUGGUACACAAGGUGAAGAUUUGGCUGCUUUCACUCUACCAAAGGGUCCAAAUUGUGUCCUACCUAUCUUCUUGCAUGGAUUAAUGUAUGGUUCAAGUGAUGAGCGUGAAGCUGCAGCAUUAGGUAUUGCUGAUGUUGUUUCUAAGACGCCUGCUGCUAACUUGAAACCUUUUGUUAGUGCCAUUACAGGUCCAUUGAUUCGUGUCGUUGGUGAAAGAUUUAACAGUGAUAUUAAGGCUGCCAUCUUGUUUGCAUUGAAUAUCUUAUUUGUUAAGAUUCCACAAUUUUUAAGGCCUUUCAUUCCUCAAUUGCAAAGAACAUUUGUGAAAUCUUUGUCUGACGCCUCUAAUGAAACUUUACGUUUACGUGCAGCAAAGGCGCUUGGCACAUUAAUUGAAUAUCAACCACGUGUUGACCCGCUUGUUACUGAGUUAGUUGCUGGCGCUAAACAAACUACAGAUGAAGGUGUUAAGACCGCCAUGUUGAAAGCACUAUUGGAAGUAGUUGCAAAGGCUGGUUCCAAACUAAACGAAAAUUCAAAGACCUCAAUAGUCAAUCUUGUUGAGGAAGAAAUGCUCUCAAGUAAUGACAAGUUGGCCAUUGCAUAUGCAAAACUAAUUGGAUCUUUAGCAGAAAUUUUAUCAAACGAAGAAGCUAUGAAGAUUUUGAGAGAAAAAGUUUUAAACGUAACAUUAGAUGGUGAUUCAGGUAAAUUUAGUAUAUUAACUUUGAAUUCUUUCCUGAAGGAUGCGCCACAACACGUUUUAGCAUCGGAAUUGAGAGAUAGUUUUAUUUCUUAUAUUGUAGAUGCCAUAGAUUCACCAGAUCGUUAUUUCAGUGAAAAUGCUGUUAUCGCCGCUGGUAAAGUCUUAUUGUUGCAAAAUGAAAUUAAAUCUCCAUAUUCCAAGAUUGAAUCUGAAGGUAAAUUCGAGAUUGGCGAAGAUAAUAUCAAACAAUUAAUUGAAACUCUAUCAAGAAGUAUGGUUAGACCAAAUUGUAAUUCGACAGAUACGAGAAGAUUGUCAUUAGUUGUCGUUAGAACAGCAGCAAGAUUCAAGUUUGACGAAUGUGUCAAACCGUACUAUGAUUUGUUAGGUUUAUCGAUAUUUUCUUGUCUACGUGAUCCAGUUAUUCCAAUCAAGUUAGCAGCAGAGAAGGCGUACUUAGCUGUUUUCAACUUAGUGGAAGAUUCUGAGAUGGCUAAAUUCAACGCGUGGUUCAAUGCACUAUCAGAAAAGAACACAUCAAACAGCUUAGAAAAUGUUGUUGGAGAUGUAAUCCAAUUAAGAUCCGUUGGUGAUUACACUAAGCGUGUUGGUAAGAGAUUAGCAAGCGUUGAAAGGGAAAGAAUUGCCGCUGGUGGUGAUGCGGAAGCGAUGUUCAGUGACAGAUUUGAAGAUGAAAGAGAAAUAUGGGCAGUUGGGGGAGUCGAACUAAGUGAUGAACAACUUUAA